UGUAGCAAAAAGCUCUCGGUGACGGAGCAGAGACAGAAAAGCGGCAGGGAGCUGCAAGCAUCGUCUCAUACCGUCGCAGGACAGAAAGGUGUGAAAAUAUUAGUCCUCUCGACAGCCUAGUACACGGAGACGGCAUUGUUUUGAUAAUGCUGUCACACUCUGAAAAUCUCCGUAUCAGCGGAGAUAUGGAGACGCUGGGACGGAUAGCAGCAACACCGGACGCCCUGGACUUCACGGUGGAAAACGUAGAGAAGGCCCUUCACCAGUUGUACUACGAUCCCAAUAUAGAAAACAAGAAUCUGGCCCAGAAAUGGCUUAUGCAGGCUCAGGUCUCACCUCAGGCCUGGCAGUUCUGCUGGGCCUUACUGAGCCCAGAUAAGGUGCCAGAGAUCCAGUACUUUGGUGCUAGCGCGCUUCACACCAAGAUCUCUCGCUACUGGUCAGACAUCCCCACAGACCAGUAUGAGUCUCUAAAGACCCAGCUGUUCUCCCAGAUUGCCUGCUUCUCCUCCGGCUCCAAGAUGGUGCUUACCCGGCUAUGUGUGGCCCUGGCCUCUCUGGCACUCAACACAAUGCCUGAGGCCUGGCCUGGCGCAGUGGCAGAGAUGGUACGGGUGUUCCAGGAGGAAGGGGGAGGGGUGGAUGGGCGGGCACGCUGCCUGGCAUUGCUGGAGCUGCUCACCGUCCUGCCGGAGGAGUUCCAGACCAGCCGCCUGCCGCAGUACAGAAAGGGACAGGUUCGGGGCGCCCUGGGCCGUGAGUGGGGGUCAGUGUGUCCCUUACUGCAGCAACUGCUGAGAAGGACAGAUAGCCCCGGGGCGGUGAAAGCUCGUGUGCUGCGCUGCCUGUCAUCCUGGGUGCUGCUGGAUGUGCCCCUCAACGAGAGUGAAGGCCUGGUGCAAGACUGCUUCAGUGCCCUGCCUGACCCAGAGCUCUUUGACACAGCGGUAGAGGCAAUCGUCAACGCCAUCUCACAGCCUGACUCCCAAAGAUAUGUGAACACUUUGCUAAAACUGGUUCCUCAAGUGCUGGCCCUCCAGGAGCAGCUCAGAGAGGCGGUUCAGAAUGGAGACAUGGAGACCUGCCAUGGUAUCUGCCGUAUCGCUGUUACACUGGGAGAAAACCACUCCAGGACUCUGUUGGAGCAGGUGGAUCACUGGCAGAGCUUCCUGGCUUUGGUCAACAUGAUCAUGUUUUGUACAGGCAUCCCCGGCCACUACCCGGUCAAUGAGACCACCAGCUCGCUCACACUCACCUUCUGGUAUACACUACAAGAUGAAAUCAUGUCAUUUGAGUCGGAUAAGCAGGCAGUGUAUCUGCAGGUCUACAGGCCAGUAUAUUUCCAGCUGGUGGAUGUUCUGCUACAUAAAGCCCAGUUCCCCUCUGACCAGGAGUAUGCAUCCUGGUCCUCCGAUGAAAAAGAGCAAUUCAGGAUUUACAGGGUGGAUAUCUCAGACACACUCAUGUACGUGUAUGAGAUGCUGGGAGCAGAGCUGCUGAGUAACCUGUAUGAUAAACUGGGGAGACUGUUGACUAACACAGAGCAGCCCACAUCAUGGCAGCACACAGAAGCCUUACUAUAUGGCUUCCAGUCCAUAGCAGAGACGAUAGAUGUGAAUUACUCUGACGUCAUCCCAGGCCUGAUAGGACUCAUCCCCAGAAUCAACAUCAACAACGUCCAACUAGCAGACACAGUGAUGUUCACUAUAGGUGCUUUGGCUGAAUGGUUGGCAGACCACCCAGUGAUGCUCAGCAGUGUUUUGCCCUUGGUGCUCCAGGCUUUGGGGAACCCAGACCUUUCUGUUUCUUCUGUGUCUACACUCAAGAAAAUUUGUAGGGAGUGCAAAUAUGACCUGCCACCCUAUGCAACCAACAUAGUAGCUGUCUCUCAGGAGGUGCUUAUAAAGCAGAUCCACAAGACGAGUCAGUGUAUGUGGUUGAUGCAGGCUCUCGGCUUCCUGCUCUCAGCUCUCCCUGUGGAAGAGAUCUUAAGGAACCUUCACUCUCUCAUCACCCCCUACAUUCAGCAACUGGAGAAGUUAGCGGAUGAGACACCCAAUCCCUCCAAUAAAUUAGCGAUCAUCCACAUCUUGGGGCUGCUGUCCAACCUCUUCACUACACUCGACAUCAGCAAGCAGGACGAUGAGUCAGCAGACGGCUCAGCACCACCUGUCAAAACAGCCCCCCCUCCGCCUGGACCAAACCCAGUGGUGGUGGUUUUGCAACAAGUGUUUGCUCUCAUACAGACUGUACUGAGUAAGUGGCUCAAUGACUCGCAGGUCGUAGAGGCGGUGUGCGCCAUCUUUGAGAAGUCAGUGAAGACUCUGCUCCAUGACUUUGCUCCCAUGGUGUCUCAGCUCAGCGAGAUGCUUGGACAGAUGUACAGUACAAUUCCCCAGGCCUCAGCCCUCGACCUCACACGACAGAUGGUGCAUAUCUUUGCCAGCGAGACAGACCACUUCCCACCCAUCAAGGCUCUGUUUGAGCUAGUUACCUCGGUAACGCUGUCCAUCUUUCAGCAAGGACCCAGGGAUCAUCCUGAUAUUGUUGAUUCAUUUAUGCAACUCCAAGCUCAGGCCCUCAAACGGAAGCCCGAUUUGUUCUUGUCUGAGAGUCUUGACGUGAAAGCAGUGUUCCACUGUGGAGUUCUGUCUCUCAAAUUUCCCGAGGCUCCAACAGUCAAGUCAACGUGCUUGUUCUUUACUGAACUGUUACCCCGCUGCUCAGAUGUGCCUCCAGUGGCCAGAGUGGUGCAGGAAGACGGUAAACUGUUGAUCCAGGCUGUGCUGGAGGGCAUCGGGGGCGGGGCAUCUCGAUGCCUGAUGGACCAGUUUGCGGAAGUGCUUUUCUCUCUGAACAAGCACUGUUUCUCUCUGCUCGCUGUGUGGUUGAAGGAGGCACUGCAGCCUCCUGGGUACCCGUCAUCACGGGUCACGACUGAACAGAAAGACAACUUCUCACAUCAGAUACUCAGAGAACGAGUGAACAAAAGGAGGGUUAAGGACAUAGUGAAGGAGUUCACACUACUGUGCAGAGGGCUCCAUGGUACAGAGUACGCUGCUGAAUACUGAAACUCUACUCUUGAACUCUCACCCAACCGGACCUCUGCCCUCAGCGCCAAACAGCUGGAUGCAACAACAAAACAGUUCUCACAAACCCCAUCAGCAAAGAUAUCAUGAAAUGAUUGUAAUAAUAAACCUGCCUCCCACCCCACCCCCAGCAGAACAAGACAUGGAACCAUUCCAGCACAGACCUGCCAUCAGAUUAAUGGACAAACAUUAAAUCCCUGGUGGCUUGAAGGGAGGCUGUCCUCUCUGCUCUUAUAAUUAUACAUUUUUGUUAUUGGAUGGACUGUUCCUCUUAUUUCUUUGGAAGAGCUUUGAGCAGCCCUCCCAGCAUGCUGCCUCUCGCCUCCUUCUAUCUCUGUCGUGUUCUGCCUUUCUAGAUCUUCCUGUGGUUCCUAGAUUGUUUCCUGGUGAUUAGCAUCCAUAUGAAAUGGUAGUGGUAUCGUACGUAGCUACUUGACAUUAUUUUUCAAAAAUGAAAUCAAAUGAAUUAUAUAAAUGUAUACGUAUACACAUAUGGAAAGAUGGUGGUCGUCAGUCCUGCUGCUGCUAAUGGGAAAAUAGAAGGACCAAUGUCAGGAGGGGAUUCUGCAGGAAAAAUGACAUUAAUACAAUAAUAUUUACUCACAACCAUGCCCGUGAUCUCUGCAUUUGCCAAAUGAUCUUGAAAUGUUUUGUGAAUUUGUCCUUCUUUUUUUUCUUCUUUUUUUGUUAAAUAUGCCUUUUGGGGGCUAUAAGUGGAGAAAGAGACAAAAACCACAUGACUGGACUAUAAACCAUCUGCUCUCUUGCCCAGCCUUCCAUGUACAGGGCUGUACCUCAUGUACAUACACUCCCACCCAGUCAUACUGCAGUCUCCUCGGAUUGUAGAGAGUGGUAUUUAUGCAUUGGUCCCUUAGGUAAAGCAGGACUGUGAAGGCUGGAGUGGGGAAAGGAAUUAAUAGUAGCUGGCAGUGAGAAAGAGACACAAGCUGGAAACUGAGAAGGGAACGGAGUGUUUGGAGGGAUGAAUAAUCCUGACGAAGGACUGCUUAGUCACUGUAAUCGUGCAAAAAUAUUAAUCAAGUUGUGCAUAUUAACAGUUAUUGCUGAACACUUCUGUGUAUUUGAGUGUAUGCGUGCGUGUGUUCAUACCUGUAUGUAUGAGAGGUUGUGUGUGCACAGAUGUAUCUUUUUCCACUUGUUCAGUGCACUUAUAUUGGACCUACAGUACACACCCAUACCUUUCUCCUAUCUUUUAAACAAAGAGCUCAUCCAUUGCGUCACACCACACUCAUUCAGGCAUAGGUUUGGGGCAUCGUUUGGAUUUUAACAAUUCUGAUUCUGAUUCCAAUUCCGAUUCUUCCUUUCGAUUCCGGUUCUUAUCGAUUCUGAUUCUUUGAGGGGUGGAGUUGAAAUGGGUCACAUGCCUGUUUUCACAAAUAAGAGAAAAGUUUUAUUUUGAUUCAAUGGUGGUUUGCAGUUUGACAGGGCUUUUUCAAUGUAAAAUAAAGCCAGUGCUGCUUACUGUGCUCCAAGGCUGCAACGCAACAAGCGCCAUAUUAAAUUGGGAAGCGUUGAUCGGAUUUGAAACCAAAUCCUCUAAACGAUUCCAAUAAAGAAACGAUUCUACUGGAAUCGUAAUUUUUGAAACUAUUCCAAGUAGGAAUCGUUUCUCGAUGCCCAAUCCUAUUCAGCUGCUUCUCUUUUCUUUACAAAACUGAUCAGGCACGUCCAGUAUUUCACCUCUGCUGCUCACCAGCAAUCACACCCAUCUAUUACACCUCCUUAUCAUCUGGAAUGACCAGCCAGUGAUAAUCAUUGACCAGACUCAUCUCUAUCUAUCUAUCGGUUUAUUGACACCAACUAUUACUCUUAACGAAAUGCUAGCGAACAAGCCACUCAAUCAUUUCAUCCAUCUGGGUCACUGCCUUGGAGAUGACCAUAGAAGGAUUAGAGAGUUCAGUAACAAAACGUAACAUCUCUGAGAAAGUUGUUAAGCAUUUACAACAAGAGUAAACACUGACAUUCUGUGCUCAUCCAUUACGCCAGAGACAUUAUCGGUGAAGUGAUGUGACGGCUGUAAAAUACACUGUCUAGUGAAUCAGCAGGAUCAGCAUCAAAGUGUACUUUGUGGUCUCUGAUAAAUUUUUAUCUCAGUCUAAUCCUUCUGUCUAAUCCGAGGUGCCUGCAGACAUGUAGCAUGUAUAUGUGUUUUGUGGGGGGUUUCGGGGUUCAGGGGACAAACAUAUUCAGUGUGAGACACUGCAGAAAGACCAGAUUUAGACUAAGACCGGAGGCAGGAAUCGGCUCUGGAGUGAGCUGUCAUGCCUCAUAGUCUUAACAUGAACAGAGAAUGAUUGGACGAUCCUCGGUCUGUGUUGUGGUCUCAUUCUGAAGUGGGAAAAUAAAACUGUCACAGUUUAAAGAAAGAAUGGUAGGAGGGGAGGGGGUAUGAAAUGUACAUUGUUUUGUUUUUUUUUGUACCUUGGCUUUAAUUUAUUAAAUAUAUCUUAAGACUGCA